AUGCCAACUGCUGUGGUGACGGGAGCGAAUAGCGGCAUAGGGAAUGCUUUUGCACAAAUACUGAUCAGCGAAGGCUACGAUGUCCACGCAGCAGACAUCGAGAUUGGCGCCGCCCUCCAGUCGCUACAAUGCCGCCUCCAUAAGCUCGACGUCAGCUCGCCCGACUCCAUAUCAGCCUUCGCUGCGCAACUCCAAGACAAACCAAUCGAUGUUCUUCUCAAUGUGGCAGGCGUAAUGGCGCCGCGAGAACAAGACGCAAUGGACACAGUCAACAUCAACGUUCUGGAGAAGAUUUUUGCUGUCAAUACCUACGGACCAUUACUGCUCACGCAAUCACUCCUGCCCAAUUUACUGGCUUCUCCUGGCAGUGCGGUGGGCAUUGUGAGCAGUCGGGUUGGCAGCAUUGGGGAUAAUUCUACAGGUGGGACCUAUGCAUACCGGGCGAGCAAGGCUGCGGUGAACUCCAUUGGGAAGAGCAUGGCUAUGGAGCUGAGGGACAAGGGCGUCACAGUGUCAUUGCUACAUCCGGGAUUCGUGAUCUCGAACUUGAACACUGGAUCUGAGCCGCAUCCCGAGAGUGUGAUGCCGGACGAGGCUGCAGGGAAGCUAUGGAAAGUCAUGAGCAGCAAGGGUAUUGAAGACACUGGCAAGUUCUGGCAUCGAGAGGGCUUCGAACUGCCGUGGUGA